AAUCGCAUCUGGAAAGGAAGAUGGUCCGCUUCGUCGAGCUGAUGGCGGCCGCGGUGGCCUGCUUCAGCGCCGUCGUCUCUGGCCAGAGUGAUUACCCUCUCUGCGGCAUCCCGCCGCCCACGUACGAGACUGCGGCGUCGCAGUUCCCCAACUACAAGGCGGCGUUCAACGCGCUCAAGAACGUCACGGUCGCGUCGUGGUACACGGACAACGACGAGAGCGCGUACAAGUCGAUGCAGAAGCUCCUGAACAAGUGCGGCGAUGACACGCUGCCUGUCAUCAUCGUCUACGGCCUGCCCAACAAGGAUUGCAGCGCCAAGGAGAGUAACCGCGGCGCCAACUCGAUUGGCGGCGCCGACGCGUACGCGACGUGGGUCCAGCAGCUCGCCGAACUGGUCGGGCAGCGCCCUGUGCUCUACAUUAUGGAGCCGGAUGCUGUCGGUCUCGCGCUCAAGGAGGACUGCGCCAAGACGAACGGGUACCUCGACAACAUGGCCAAGGCGAUCCCGGUGCUGACGGAGAACGCCAACUCGCUGCUCUAUGUGGACGUGGGCUACUGGAUGCUCGAAACCGCGUACAACCAGUCGCUCGUGCAGGAGACGCUCAAGCAGUUUACGUCGACGGGCCGUAUCAACGGGAUUGCGCUCGGCACGUCCAACUACCGCACCAACGCGGAGAUGACGGCGAUGUGCGAGAGCUUUGGCGCGCUGACCGAGAACGCGUACCACUGCGUCAUUGAUACCUCGCGCAACUACCGCGGCCCCAAGGCCGGCACGGCCGAGUGGUGCAACUCGCGCUACGCGGGCAUUGGCGUUCCCUCGACCAACAACACGGCCAACGACCUCAUCGACUACUUUCUCUGGCUCAAGGUGCCCGGCGAGUCGGACGGCGUCUGCGCGGCGAUGGGCCCGGACGCGCUCAAGGGCGGUCCGAACGCCGGCGGCUUUUUCCAGAAGGCGUUUUCGCUCAUGUGGGACCGCGGCUACUUUGUGGAUGUCAUGAAGAUGCCCAAGUUUAACGAGUACUCGGACCAGGUCGACUUGCCGUCGGACAGCUCGGGCACGAGCUACCUCGCGCUGGGCAUCAUCAUUGCCGCGUGCAUCGUCAUCAUCAUCCUCGGCGUCCUCAUCAAGCGCCGGUAUGACGCCAAGCAAGGUCGUCGCCGAUACGCCGACAACAACGUGGUCGCGGCGCCCCGCACCAACGAAGCAGGCACGCGCAAGCCGUACCUCUCGUUGUAAUAACUCGAGAAUCGAAUUUCAUGAUCCCAUUUUGCCCA